GUGAGGUUCCUGUGGACCCCGCGGUUGUGACUGUGUCCGUCUCCGUGGUGUGUAAUUGUGCGCGGCCGAUAGCAUUAGUUUUGGGUACCUCUGACGUGUGUUCCCUUGGUGUGUGUUUUUAUAACUAUGUGUCCUUAUCGCCAGUGUGUAAGUGGGGCGUCUUUAUGCCUUUGUGACUCCAGCCAGAUUUGUCCGUUCAGAGACAGAUUCUGCCCGGAAUUGCAGUGACCCUGAUUUUCUCUGAUGCUCCAAAUUUCUCUGUCCAAACUGUAUGUCGGGACAGUCGGGGCUGACCUAGACUGACCUCUGAAAUGGCCCGUCUGACCCCCAGAAGAGCCUGGUGUUUCCUGACUCCUUUUUUUCCUUCCCCAGCUCUGCGGUGCUUAGAUAGAGGACUCCAGAGAGGAAUUGAGAAUGGCUGUCGAACAUCCACAAGGCAUCUGAAAGACUGUCAAUCAAGGUUGAGAACAAGAAAUUAUUUCUGAAAGAGGAUAUGUAUGGAAUAGAAUCAUCCUGAUGGGAGAUAAUGGAAAAACUUACAAAAUACAGCAUUGAGUAUUCAAGUUUCAGAGGUGAUUGGGAUUAUAAAAGCCAGUUUGAGAGAAAACAGGGAUCUCAGGAAGGACAUUUCAGUCAUAUGAUUUUUACUCCUGAAGACAUGCCCACUUUCAGUAACCAGCAUCAGACCAUUCACACUGAUGAGAAACUCCUUGAAUGUAAGGAAUGUGGGAAAGAUUUUAGUUUCGUAUCAGUCCUUAUACGACAUCAGCGAAUUCACACUGGUGAAAAACCUUAUGAAUGUAAAGAGUGUGGCAAGGCCUUUGGUAGUGGUGCAAAUCUUGCAUAUCAUCAAAGAAUUCACACUGGUGAGAAGCCUUAUGAGUGUAAGGAAUGUGGAAAGGCCUUUGGUAGCGGCUCAAACCUUACUCACCACCAAAGAAUUCAUACCGGUGAGAAACCGUAUGAAUGUAAGGAGUGUGGGAAAGCCUUUAGUUUUGGAUCGGGCCUUAUUCGACAUCAAAUCAUUCACAGUGGUGAAAAGCCUUAUGAGUGUAAAGAAUGUGGGAAGUCCUUUAGUUUCGAAUCAGCCCUCACUCGACAUCACAGAAUUCACACAGGUGAGAAACCUUAUGAAUGUAAGGAUUGUGGGAAAGCCUUUGGCAGUGGUUCAAACCUUACUCAGCAUCAGAGAAUCCAUACUGGGGAGAAACCUUAUGAAUGUAAAGCAUGUGGAAUGGCAUUUAGUAGUGGUUCUGCACUCACACGGCAUCAGAGGAUUCAUACAGGUGAGAAACCAUACAUAUGUAAUGAGUGUGGGAAGGCCUUUAGUUUUGGAUCAGCCCUUACUCGACAUCAAAGAAUUCACACUGGUGAGAAACCUUAUGUAUGUAAGGAAUGUGGAAAGGCUUUUAAUAGUGGCUCAGAUCUCACUCAACACCAGAGAAUCCACACUGGUGAGAAACCCUAUGAGUGUAAAGAAUGUGAGAAAGCUUUUAGAAGUGGUUCAAAACUUAUUCAGCAUCAAAGAAUGCAUACGGGGGAGAAGCCCUAUGAAUGUAAGGAAUGUGGCAAAGCCUUCAGUAGUGGUUCAGAUCUUACUCAACAUCAGCGAAUUCAUACUGGUGAGAAACCAUAUGAAUGUAAAGCAUGUGGGAAGGCUUUUGGUAGUGGCUCAAAACUUAUUCAACACCAGCUAAUUCAUACUGGGGAAAAACCUUAUGAAUGUAAAGAAUGUGGAAAGUCCUUUGGUAGUGGCUCAGCUCUUAAUAGACACCAAAGAAUACAUACUGGUGAGAAACCUUAUGCAUGUAAGGAAUGUGGGAAGGCUUUCCGUAGUGGCUCCAGCCUUUGUCAACACCAGAGAAUUCACACUGGUGAGAAACCUUAUAAAUAUAAGAAUUAUGGGAACGCUUUUGGGAAGGGUUCAGAGUUCCAACAACAUGAGAAAAGUCAUAAUGGUGAGAAGUUCUGUGAAUUAGGAAUUCUAUGAAUUGAGGGCUAGGGAUGUGUGAACACUUACUAAGCAUGUGUGAAGUCCUGGGUUUAAUCCCCAGCACAAAGGAAAUUCUAUGAACUGAAACUAAGUGGUAAAGUAAGGAAUUUCAGCACAUGACAAAAGAAAAUUCAUACUGGUGAAAAUCUCUACAAAUGUAAUUAAGGCAUAAAUGCCUCCCACAUGCUUAAUAGGUCAGUAAGCCUAAGAUAAAUCAUAGUGGGGAAAAUCACUGGAUAAAAUAAAUAUUUGAAGAUCUUUAUCUAUAUUCAUUCUUUAUAACUGUCAAAAAAUUCAUACUUGUGAAUAUUAAAAUUUUUUUUUAAUAUUGUAUUUUUACAUUAUUUUAAAUAUUGAAAAAUUUUACUUUUGGUUUAACUCUAUUACUUUUAAAACUAAAUGUAAUUAUGCUAUGCUGUAUCCAACCUUUAAUAUUCUUUGUAUGUAAGUAUAUUGUUAAUAUUUUAUUGUAUUUUUAAGUAUUCACUUGUCUUUAUCA